AUGGCUUUAUAUCAAUUACGGGAGCUUGAGAGAGGAGUUGAUAUUCUUGUGGCAACACCAGGAAGAUUGGUUGACUUGCUUGAAAGGGCAAAAGUUUCACUGCAGAUGGUUAGAUACCUGGCUCUUGAUGAGGCAGAUAGAAUGCUGGAUAUGGGAUUUGAGCCUCAAAUUAGAAAGAUAGUGGAACAAAUGGACAUGCCUCGACCAGGUGAAAGGCAGACGAUGCUGUUUAGUGCCACCUUUCCAAAAGAGAUCCAGAGACUGGCAUGUGAUUUUCUUUCAAAUUACAUAUUUUUGGCUGUCGGGCGGGUUGGUUCAAGUACCGAUUUGAUUGUUCAAAGAGUUGAAUUUGUUCAUGAGAGUGACAAGAGAAGCUUCCUUAUGGACCUUCUUCAUGCACAGAUGGCUAACGGAGAUUAUGGCAAGCAAGCUCUGACUUUAGUAUUUGUGGAAACAAAGAAGGGAGCUGAUUCAUUGGAGCAUUGGCUGUAUCUUAAUGGGUUUCCAGCAACUACCAUUCAUGGUGACAGAACACAGCAGGAAAGAGAACAAGCAUUGAGAUCAUUUAAGAGUGGAAAUACGCCAAUUUUAGUUGCAACAGAUGUAGCAGCCCGUGGUCUCGAUAUUCCUCAUGUUGCUCAUGUGGUUAAUUUUGACCUCCCUAAUGACAUUGAUGAUUAUGUACAUCGGAUAGGACGGACAGGACGUGCUGGCAAGUCAGGAUUGGCGACAGCCUUCUUCAAUGAGAACAAUAUGUCAUUGGCAAAGCCACUAACUGAUCUGAUGCAAGAAGCUAAUCAGGAAGUACCUGCUUGGCUUACCCGGUUUGCAAGCCGGGUUUCAUAUGGUGGUGGUAAGAAUAGGCGAUCUGGGGGAGGACGUUUCGGUGGUCGUGACUUCAGAAGAGAUUCCUCCUUUAAUAGGGGUGGGAGUAGCGCUGAUCACUAUGGUGGUGGUAACAGCGGCAGUGGAUAUGGCAGUUAUGGUGGGGGACAUGCUCCUGGGGUGACCAGUGCUUGGGAUUAGUGUCUUACGACAGACUGAUUUUGUUUUCUCGUAAUAUAUAUAUAUAUAUAAUUUUUGACAGAAUUUAAGGAUCAUGAUAUUCUGCAGUUCUUCCCAAAAUGUGAUCGAGUUCUUUUGAGUUAUAAUUGUUGUGGUUCACAAAGGAAUUGCAGGAGAGGGGUAUUAUGGUGGAUAGGUUGGUGAAGACUACUAACAAAUAGGGUCCAGUGUUGUCAUGUUUGUUCCAUUGUUCCCUGUAUAUUGUUGGACUUGAUGGGGAAUGGGCUGUAAUUUUACGAGGCACAUGGUGUAAAGACUGGGGGAUUUUCCUUUUUAAAUUUCCAUGAGCAUGUUCCUUUCAUCCCCAGUUGUCAUAGGGGAUCAUUUACUGUUUUCUGUUACUUUUCGCUGAGUUUCAUUUGCUCAUGAUGCUGUGACACAAACAAUCACACUAGCCAUUUUCUUGAGAAAUUUGCAAUGAG